AUGAAGUCGACGGUGAUCUUCGCGUUGUUUGUGGUCGCGAUCGCAGCCGUUGGGCAGGUCGCUAGUGAUGUCGUAAUUUGCAACUACGAAAAGUUUGAUCUUUACGAUGCGAUGUACAAGAAGCGGCAGGACGAUUUCUGUGUGUUCCAGAACGUGUUUAUGUCAACGGACGUGCGGUACGGGGACUUUAUGGCCAGCAGCUUGGACUACCAGAAGAUUGCGUUUACGAACUCGCGGUUCCCGAUCGUGCCGCCGUCUCUGUAUCGAAACUUUGACGACAUCAGGGAGUUGUACGUGAGGCGGUGUAACAUUGAAACGCUUCGGGUUACCCGACUCGUUGAGAAGAUGUACGCCGGAAGCAACCAGAUCACUUCCGUUUCUAUUGACGGAAAUGGAUCCAACAACUUGAAGGAGCUGUACCUGGAGUCCAACAUGAUUAAGGACAUCGCGAACCUUACCAAUCUACCAAAUCUGCAGGUGUUGGUUCUCGAGAACAACCCAAAACUGGGAAACACAGACUUUGCAAUGUUCUCCCGAAUGACCAAACUGUGGAAACUCGACCUGGAAAACACCGGCAUGACCAAGAUCAUCAACACACUCCGGCUGGACCUGACCGAACUGAAGCGACUCGAUCUGUCCAACAACCAGCUCACCUACAUCGACAUGCAUCAGUUCCACUCGUUCCCCAAACUUGAGAACCUCUGGCUCAGCGGCAACAAAAUGUACUUUAUGGAGAUGGAACCCAUCCGGGCGAUCCUCCCGGAAAUCCGCAGCAUCGUGAUUGACGACAACUACUGGGGCUGCCAGCACCUGGCCAUCAUCAGCAAAUACAUGCUCGACAACGGCAUCAUCAUCCGCCAGGGCGAGUGCAAAUCCCGCAACAUCCACAAAGUGUGCUGCUCCGACACGACCGACCUCGUCGACAACCGGUACCUCAUCGAGAUGAAAAUCCGGUCCGAAUCCAAGCUGGAAGAAUCCGUCAAAACCCUCGAACGGGACAACCUCGCCCUGCUAGACACCGUAGAGGGAAUGCGCGUCCAACUCAACAGCCUCAUCCUCAACUACACCGCCAAGAUGGAGGAGAUGCGACAAACGGCGAUCGCAGCGAGACCGGUGGCGGAUCCCGUGGAAGAUCCGGACUCGCUAGAAUCAGCCGAAGCCGAGGAUUACGCGUACUACGAGAGCGAGGAACGUCACAAAGUUGUCGAAGCGGAGGCCAUCGAAGUUACGACGGAAAAGUCGAGCGCCGAAGAUGUCUCGUCCGAGCAAAACAGGGUGGAGUGA